AUGGAAACAUCUUUUCUUAUUUUUUGUUUCUACCUUCUGCUUGGAUACUCGCAGGAAUUUCCAACAUCUACCCCCCUAGUAGAAUUGGUUGUACCGAUUCAAAAAGAAACCCAACUAGGACCUCAUUCGUCUUCCGAGAUUUUUGCGGAUGAUCCCGCAACAGUUGCAGAACAGAUAAACUCAGCAGUUCAUCGCAGUGACAGAAAAAAAAGGGAUGUCGAUGAUGGCAAUGAACAAGAAAAUUCCAAAGCAGAGGAGAUACCGACAGUCCCGGUUUUAUCAGCAACGACUCCAAAUCUUGACGGCCAGACGAAGACGUAUGGUGGCGCUGAAAAUGCCGCACAAGGGGAGGGACUAAUACCGGCAGCUUCGAAUCCUGACGAACAGGCGAGCGCUACAGCGAAAACGUAUGGCAGUGAUGAAACACGCGAUCGAGAGGCUGAAGUAAUACCAACUGAUGCGUCGUCUAUUAGUGGCGGAAGCACAGCUUACCACAGCAGAAUGCCAAUUGAUCCUGAAGCAGCUGCAAUACCGACAGCUCCCAAUCCUGAUAGCGGAACCAGCACUACAACACAAACGAAUGAUAAUGAUGAAAAUACGGGUCAGGAAAGUGACAUAAUAUCAACUGUCACGCCCUCUGGCAGUGGAGGAAGCACAACGUACCGUGAUGAAACGCCAGCCAUUCCGGAAGCAACUGGAAUGCCGACUGCUCUGAAUGCUGACAGUCAAACCAGCGCCAUAACAAAAACGUACAAUGGUGAUGGAAAUGUCGGUAAUGAAAGUUCUGGUGCACAGAUUAAUCAGGAGACUGCUGGAAUACCGACUAGUUUGUCGCCUGAUAGUGGCAGAGCCACAGCGUACAGUAGUGAAGUGCCAACUGAUCUCGAAGGAACUGCGAUGCUGACGGUUUCAAAUCCUGAUGGUCAUACAAGCAUAACAGAGCAAAUGUAUGAUGGUAAAGAAAGUGUUGGAAGGGGACAGCGUCAAAGGGAAUGGAAAAGCGGCAAUGAGAAGGGGACGGCAGCGGCGGCUAGCAGAGCUGAGCGAAGCGAAGCCCUGCUGCGUCGUCGCAACGUCUCUAGUCACUGA